GCCUCCUCCCUCUGCUCCCGACGGAGACCGAGGCCCGGUGAAGGGACUGCCGGGAUAGUAGGAAGUGAGGCCCCGGGAAGGGGAGUGGCUCGGGGCUGAUGCGCACCGCGCCAGGUUUCCGCCGCAGCGCCGCCCCGCUCCGUGUGGCUCCGGGACGCGCCGCGGCGACCAUGCCCCUCCACGUGAGCCUCGCCAAGGGUAACCGCGACCUGGACUACGACUCGGUGCAGCCGUACUUCAUGUGCGACGAUGAGGAGGAGGACGUGCACCCGCAGCCGCCCGCGCCCAGCGAGGACAUCUGGAAGAAAUUCGAGCUGCUGCCCACGCCGCGCCCGUCCCCGGGCCACGCCGAGCUCUGCUCACCUCGCUGCGAAGCGCUCGCCGCGUCUCUCUCCCCCAGGGACCGCGGUGAUGAUGGCUUCUCCAGCGCAGACCCGAGGGAGACGGUGCCCGAGCAGCCAGGGGGAGACGCGGGAGGGAAGCAGAGCUUCGUCUGCGACCCGGACGACGAGACCUUCGUGAAGAGCAUCAUCCUGCGGGACUGUAUGUGGAACGGCUUCUCGGCCUCCGCCAAGCUGCUCUCCAAGCUGGACCCCUACCAGGCCGUGCGCCGAGAAGGCGCCUGCGCGAGCCCGGCCGCGGACGCCGAGCCUGCUGCUACUCCUCCAGACUGCACCUCCAACACCUGAGCCGCACAGCGUUGGUCUUUGGACUGUAAGCUUCAGCCAUGUUAAGUGGUUCAGAUUCUGGGCCUAAGAGAACCCCUUUUCUUUUACAAAGCUUGCCUUCCUUCCUCACACCA